UAUAUCUCUAGACGAAUGUCGUACAUUUAGUAAUAAGAUAAAAGAUAAAAAUAAAAUAAGUAAAAAUUGUCUACAUCCAUAUGAAGUUAUAAUAACAAUAAUAAUACCACACAAAAAAACACACCCUGCAAUAUGACAUGUCUUUUAUUCGUACUCUCAAUGGCUACAAACGUACCACUCCUUCGAUAUCAGGGGAGAUCACUUUUCCACGUUGUUAUAGCAACGACCGGAAGUAUAUAGCAGACAGAAGUAAGCAAAGUGUGGAAGGAUAGUCUUUGAGGUUCAAGUAGUUUUUAAUACAUCCCCCUAAAAGAAAAAUUAAAGCUGCAUCAUAUAUAUGUUGUUCAGUCAAAUAAACGCCUCUGGAUUUCCACUUGACAAGAAAAAGCUCUCACAAUGUCUGACAUCCAUUCAACAUUAUUCAGUUUUGAAAGUGCCUGCCAGGAGCUGGGUGUUAAGCAACAUCCCUACAUUCUUAAAAUGCUCAAGCGAGAAGAAAAGGAAUGUUUAAUCCGACAAGCAAAAGGGGAGUUUAAGACCAGCAUGCACCUUUACCUGGCUGGAAACAACCACCUGCUAGAUGUCCGCAUCAAUGAUGAUGACUGCAUUCUGCUACAGAAGGUUCUGCUAAAGAAUCUUUUCAUCACAUCUCUUGAUCUCCGCUUCAAUUUAAUUUGUGAUAAGGGUGCUAAAAUCCUUGCUGCAAUGUUAGAAAACAAUACAACAUUGCAAAGGCUUAAUUUAAUGUGCAAUGAAAUUGGACCAGAUGGGGCAGAAGCACUAGCACGAUCUCUGCAUAUAAAUGAAAUGCUGAAAGUGCUAUUACUGAAUGGAAACAAAAUAGACAACAAAGGAGGAAUGAGUUUUGCCCAAGCCUUACAGAUCAAUACCACCCUGGAGCAUCUUGAUGUUGGUGAAGCUGAUCUGAGGAUGGAGAGCACAGUAGCUCUUGCCACAGUACUCCGCAACAAUACUUCUAUCAGAGUCAUCGAUGUCAGCCGCCCACUUCUUACGACAGUCCAGGAGGAGCCUGUGGUUCAUUUUGCUAACAUGCUGAAGGUGAAUAAGACAUUAGAAGAACUCCAUCUUCAGAAGUAUGACAUGAGAGACUUUGGAAUGGCAUCGACUAGCGGAAAUUUAAUGGAGAACUUCACUUUGACCUACCUGGAUCUCAGCUGCAAUCGCAUCACACGUGAUGGUGUGAAGGAGUUAGCAAAGGUGCUGAAACUGAACACAGCACUGUGUAUACUGGACCUUGGUUUUAACAGACUUGAGGAUGAUGGUGCCAUGCACAUUGCUGAAGCCUUGGCCAGCCUUAACACCAACCUGCGGUGCCUUUCCGUGGUCAGCAAACAAUUGGCAGCAUGGACUGUGUGCCAUAGCAGAUGCAAUGAAGACAACACGAUCUGA